AUGAUGAAGAAAUGGGCUCUGGUGCUUCAACAGGGCCAUCUCCCACGAAUUCUGACAGGGUUGAUUUGGACUCCGCAUGGUACCCUUUCGCCAAUAAAGAGUUUCAUGUCGCGCAAACUGUAUGAUAAAAUUCGAUCUAUUUUAAUAUUGGGCCACUUGGAUCUACCACACUGGGACACAAUUAGGAGGACCAGAACUGGCAUUUCAAAAAUGUUAAAUGCCGAAUUGAAGCAGAACCUGUCUGUGUUGAACAACAAGACUUUCAUGAUAAGUUUGACAAAUAUCAUUGGCAAUGAACUGGCCAACCCCUAUGUAGUGCCAGACUUGGAAUUCAUUCCUCACGACCCCAAGGGGAAAAACAUCUAUGCCCUACACCAAAGUGUAAAAUGGAGGGAAGAUCUAUCGCCCGAGACAAGAGUGCAAAUGGUUGAAUAUUCAGGAAAACAUUGGUACAUAUACGAGCCGGUCAUGCUUAGAUGGCAAACCCAGCCAAUUGUGGUGCCCAUUUUUUUCUACAAAUUUAACAAUGAAGUCUAUUCCAAAUGCAUUCAGCCAAAAUUUGAAACCUUACGAACCGAAGAUGCACAGCCUGCUCUGGGGCGUGGGGCACCCACCAUAAGAUAUGAAGUGCCUAAUCCAUGGCGAACACGCGCGGGCGGAAAAGUGAUUCGCCAUGUCCCCAUCACAUUAUAUUCUGAUGAUACCUCUGGAAACAAGUCUAAAAGAUGGAAUAAACAUGUCUCAUACUGCUUCACCCUCAGUGGAUUACCACCGGAAAUGUCAAACCAGGAAUACAAUGUGCACUUUAUAUCGACAUCAAACAGAGCUGGGCCUUUGGAGCUUGCUGAGCCCAUAGUAGAAGAGCUAAAUGAAUUAGCCACCAAAGGCUCAGUUGCAUAUGACAUCAGCCUUGACCAAGAAGUGCUGUUCAUGAGUGUACCACUCUGUUUCUUGGCAGAUUCUCCAAUGGCAGCUGAGAUUACCAACACACCAAACCCUGGUUCCUCAAACAACCCCUGCCGUAUGUGUCAUUUGAAAUGCCCCCAAGGCGGAGAAAGAAGCUCCAUGAGCUAUAUCCGAGAAUUUUUUGGAUGUCCAAACCUACCAGGAAAACGAAUUUGGAGUGAAACUGUUGCAAAUACCCAGGACUUGUGGGUCACCUCUCAAUCUAGCACCCAGAAAGAAUAUGAAAGAAAACAACAACUUUACGGCCUCAAGGACAGGAUCAAUUCCCAAAUCAUAGAACUGAAACACUCAACACUUGAUGAAAGGCAACGUAUUAUUCAAAUGCAGCAGGACACCCCACUCCGAAUAUUCAACCCAUGUUGCUUCCUCAAAGGCUUUGAUGGCUGCCUGGACACCCCGGUUGAAAUACUACAUGUAAUCCUUCUUGGAGUGGUCAAGUAUUUGUGGAAAGACUUCAUGAGUAGAAUGAAUGAAGAUCAACUAAAUGAACUUGAGGCACGAUGGGGAGCAUUCAGCACGGAAGGCCUAAGUGUGCCACCCAUUCAGCCCCGCUAUAUGAUUGCACACUACAAGAGUCUCGUAGGCAAAGAAUACCGGUUGAUCCUUCAGUCUGCCCCAUUUGUAUUAUUUCCUCUGAUGACAAUGGAGGAGAUAGACUUAUGGACUGCAUUAUGUCACAUUGGAAGUAUGGCUUUUCAGACACACAUAGAAAACAUGGAUGAAUACAUAUGGAAACUCACACAUUGGAUUAAGGUCUUCUUAUUUAAUGUGGCCCAAAUGAAUGCAAGGUGGGUCAACAAGCCAAAAUUCCACCACUUAAUUCACUUGGCAGAAUCUAUCAGACGAUAUGGACCUGCGGCCUUGUUUGCUACAGAAAAAUUUGAAAGCUACAAUGGUGUGGUGCGGAACAGCUCAAUCCACUCGAACAGACAGAGCCCAGGCAGAGAUAUUGCAACUAGCUUCAACAACUAUCACAUCAUGCGGUGGUUGUCAUCAGGAACUAAACUAUACAACCAUGAGACCAAAACAUACUUCACAGCUUCACCUGAAAUUACAAAUAUAUUCAAACACAAUUUGAACAUUCAACAAUCAAUGGGAUACAACACCCGCUCAUUACCAAAUGGCCAUCAGAGGCCUACUAUCCAUGGACCCCGUGGGAAACCAACCCCAUAUGAAGAUAUUCCAACUAUUUUGAAAAGCAAUUUCCCUUCAUAUCCCAUCCAGAAAAUAUCAGCCUUGAAGGUAAACCAAAAGAAUGUCAUCAGGCCUGGCACAUUUGUACUGGAAGAGUCCCCCAGUAAUCAACAUGGGACCAUUGGAUACGUGGAAAACAUAUGGGAAGUAGCCAGAAAUCAAUUUCACGUUCAACUUAAUCGAUGCCAAAAAACUGGAGUUCUACCACUAAAUGGCACGACAAUCCUUGUCAAAACCUUCACAUAUGGAUAUGUACCAGCCCAGGCAGAAGAACCAUGCCUCCAACAGGAAGACAAGAGGGCAACUCCAUCAGUCAUCAUAUCCAACACAGAGACACUAACAGUUUCCUGUUAA